GUGGUCUAUCGCGGCGCUGAGUUGCGCCAAUCCGGCUAGCUACAAGGCUGUUGACCCAGUUAAUGGUUAUCAUAAUAAUAAUAAUAAUAUUCUAAUAUUGUUUUAUCCGCUGCUCCGCGCACAACACGCUGCGACGACGAUCAGUCCUCGUGAGUCGCCAGAACGAAUACAAUAUAUAAUAUAUACGAUAUAUAUAAUAUUUAUAUUUCAAUAUACUACGCGGCUCUGCUGCAGUUUCCUAUAACUAUGGCUCGGUGGCGCACGGUCCAAUCCGCGACAGUGCCGUUCGUAUACACAUCUUCCGUCGCGGUGCAAUUGCUGAUAGCUGCAGUGGCAGCUUUGUCUUCGUCGGCGUCAGCUUCGGGAUGGACCAACUCGACGGACGUAAUCCGGGUAGUUCAGUUCAGCAACAGUCUGGUGCCUCCUCUGUUUAACCACUACUCCAGAGGCCGAGACAACCUGGUAUUGGCGCCAUUCGGGGUAGCUACUAACGUGGCCAUGAUGCUGGAAGGUUUGCAAGGUCGGGCCGCCGAAGAGGUAACCGCGCUGUUCCGGCUCCAAGCAAAGGAAGUUCGUCAACAACUGAGGAGAGGUUUUAAAAUGAUUUUUGAUACGUUCGGGGAUGAUUCGGACGGUGAUUUUGCCGGAUCUUACAACAAAGCAUCUGUGACCAGUUCCCGGGUUAUGCCAUCGUCAUACAUAAACAGACUUUCGAAAUAUUACCAAGCUAAUGUUACUACAAUACGAAGCGAGAAUUCGAACAACAGCUUAAGUGAUAUUUUAGAAUUACGGAGUGACACAGGAAUAAUAAGUCAUUGGAAAGACUACCAAAAACUAGCCACGUACACUUACUUAUCGUAUCAGCCAUCAGCACCGUUUACUAAAGCUGAUGGUUCAAUUGUCCAUGUCCCAAUGAUACCACAGACAGGGAUGUUCAAAAUCGGAUAUGUACCACAAUUAAAGUGUUUAGCUGCUGAACUAAUGUUUGAGACCGACAAAGUGAGCAUGCUCAUCAUGAUGCCGGAUGACGUUAACGGUUCCGAGCUGAUGAUCGAGAGGUUGUCCAAAGAUAACUUUUUGGACAUUUUAGACUCACUGGGCUACCAAAACACAGAGGUUCUAUUGCCACAGCUGGCCGCAUUCACCAAUGGUCUAGAUCUGGAGCCGUUCUUCAAGAAGCUCGGCGUCAAGGCGGCCUUCAACCAGACGGUCGGUGGUGGCGGCAACAACAGUAAUAAGACUUCAUCGAUGAGCGGCGAUCACGCGUCCAAGUCUCCCGUGGUCACUUUACUGUCGAUGAAACAAAACGCGUACUUUUCAAUGUCGUUCAUCACAAUCAAUUCAGUUGGCUCGGUUGGCACAAAGUUAGGUAUCCGUCCGUCUGCCUCAAGACAAAAACGAGGCAUUGCUACUAAAGUAGUAUUUGACAGACCGUUUGUAUUUUUUGUUUACAACAAAUUAACUGGACUAAUUAUGUUGGCAGGAAAAAUAACAAACCCUACUCAAGUGCCUAACUCAAGUAAAUGAUAAUUAUGUUUAAUAAUAAGUAAGUGCUUAUAAUUUGUAUAGUUAUUACUUACUACCUAGUUACAAUUUAUAUAAUAUUUUAAAUCUAAUUUAGAAUUUAAAAGUUUUAAUUUAAAUCAUAAAUGGAAUAUUUAUUUGUAUAUAAAUCGUUAUUUUUGUAUGUAUAUUUUAAUUUAAUUUUGUUUUUAAUUUUUUAUAUGACUUGGUGUAUACGGUGUAAUGCUAGAUAAAGUCAUAUAGAUGUGUUAUAAAAAUUAGUUAUACAAUAAUAUUUAAUCAAUAUGUGCUAUGAAGUAUUAAUUUAAAAAAUAUUUAAAUAUUCAUUCAAUCGUCACUAUUUAGUGUAAUAUUGUAUUAUUUAUACACAUAUACACAUAUACACACAUACCUAAAUAUUAUAACUAUGGUUUUUUUUAAAGUUGUAUACAAUUAAUUGUAUCUAUUAAAUGUAAGAUACAUUUUAUUAGAACUUCAAAAGAUUAUAAAUAAAAUAAGUACUUAUACAUAAACAUAAUUCAAUUUUCAAUUUAUAUCAGUAUAACAGUAGGUAGUUAUAUUCCUACUUGUAUCUACAUACUUAACAUUUUUAAGGAAAAGUAUAGACUGAUAGUGGGAUUAUUAAUAAUUAUUUAAUAGUAAUAGUAUACUAGUUAUGUAAUUAUUACAUUUUAAACAUUUUUGUAUGUAUAAAUGUUGUAUAUAAAAUAAGUAGACAAGGAAGUAUUAAAAUAAUAAUAAAUUGUAACUCAAUUUUAUUAAAAUAGUGUUAAUUUAAUUAACAAAAAUAAUAAAAGAAGAAAAAUAUAUAAAAUGUA